AACUCUCGUCGCAGUUUUAAUGGAGAUCCCGGCGGCGCGUACCGGAAAUCCUUUGGCGCACAGUCUUCUUUCAAUCGUUCACUAUACAUACAUGGUUUUAUAUUCUCUUUUAUCCUUUCUCGGUUACUUUCGAAAUUUAAGCAAUAAAAUCAUUUAUUCGUAACACCUGACAGGGGUAACGAUAAUAUUUCCUGCGAACUGGUAUAAACGAGAGAAUAAAAAGAACGGUUGGUUGGAGAGUAAAUUAAUAAGAAAAAUGGUUCGGAACGAGGGUCUUUGUAACGUCGCUUGAUGCUCCGCUAUGUCCGAUAAGCGUACAAUUAAAACGGACACAGGUAGUUCAAGACUUCUCAACGAUCUUCGUAAAUUUCGAUUCCUCAAAACAGCCUCCAAAAAAUUGAUCAUGUCUGAUGACGACAGUAAUUUGACUUUGCCUGAGUUUCAAACGCGGCGCAAAAUCGUUCAACGGAUUGAGGACAGUGAAAGCGAAGUGGAAAAUUCUCCAAGACUCAAAGCAUCAGAUUCAGAGUCUGACGAAACAAAAGACAAGGAAAACAAACUCAAGUACCUGGUGCAUCGUUUUCCAGACAUAGAUGCAAUACGUAUUCAAGAAGCUCUAAGUAAUGCUGAUUGGAAUUCAGAGGAAGCAGAGAAAUCCCUCCAAAACAAUAGAAAACGAACUCUCAAACCUACUGCCAAAACAAGCAACAAAAAACGGAGAAAGACUCAUCAGGAUGAAGAGGUUGACAUUGAUUCUGACGAUGAGCAUUAUGGACACAAAGUUUUUGACAGCAAUGAUGAUUCCGAUGUUGAAAUAUCAGAUGAGUUGACAGCUGAGAAAAAAGGAGUUCUGGAAUUCAUGCAAAAUGCAUUGUUAAUGGAGCUCUUGUUGAUGACGCAUUGUUCAAAAAAGAAAGCAACCGCAAUAAUAGAUGCCCGACCAUUCAAAGGCUGGCGAGACUUGGUGUACAAAUUUCAAAACAACAAAUACCUUGACACGGAAUUGUUGAAUUCAGCGCAAACGUUACUGUCAAUGCGACAUGUUGUCGAGACACUGAUGAAAAAGUGCUUGAAAUUGUCUGCGAAUAUGGAAAAAGCAGUCGCCGCCGGUGCUUCGACCAUCACCGAACAGCCGACCGGUAUUUCUGAUGGUUUAAAACUCGCUACUUACCAAAUGGUCGGACUCAACUGGCUUGCUGUCAUGCACUCACAAAACGUCAACGGCAUUCUCGCUGACGAAAUGGGUCUUGGAAAAACCGUGCAGGUUAUCGCUUUUCUAACAUACUUGAGAGAAGCUGGGCUUGUCAGUGAAAAUGAUGGUCCCCAUCUUAUCGUUGUUCCCAGCUCUACUAUGGAAAAUUGGAGAAACGAACUCCAGCGCUGGUCGCCAGGAUUGAACGUUGUACAAUAUUAUGGCUCUCAGGAUGAGCGUAAGGACAUGAGAAUGGGUUGGCGAGCAGGUGAACUUGACGAUGUCGAUAUUAUUCUCACGACGUACAAUCUUGUGAGCAGCACGCCUGAGGAGCGUCGCUUAUUUCGCGUGAUGCCAAUUCAUUACGUCGUUUUUGACGAAGCACACAUGCUCAAAAAUAUGGGUACCAUCAGAUACGAGAAUCUCUUCAGGAUUAACGCAAAGCAUAGACUUCUCCUGACCGGAACUCCUUUGCAAAAUAAUUUAUUAGAACUUAUGUCACUUCUUAUUUUUGUGAUGCCAUCGUUGUUCGCCGGAAAGCAAGCUGACCUGAAAAGUCUUUUUGCCAAAAAUAAUAAAAUCCAAGCAUUAGACAAGAAAAAUCAACCAUUGUUCGAGCAAGAACAAGUUAAAAACGCGAAACAAAUAAUGCGCCCUUUCGUGCUGCGACGUUUGAAGUCCGAAGUGCUCAGUGAUUUGCCGUUGAAAACGGAAAAAGUAAUAAAAUGUAGUCUGAUGAAAAAACAAAGAGAAAUGUACAAAAAUUUAGUGUCCGAAUUUUCGGAAGAAGCGGAUCAGAACAGCGAGGUCAAUGGCAUCGGAAUGAUGAUGCAACUGAGGAAAUUGGCUAAUCAUCCAUUGCUUAUUAGGAACUAUUAUAAUGAAGAUAAACUGGAAAUAAUGUCGAAAAAAUUGGCCAAGGAUCAUACUUACAAGCAGACUAAUGCCCAAUAUAUUUUCGAGGAUAUGAUAUGGAUGUCGGAUUAUCAGAUUAAUCAAUUGUCACGCAAUCAUAAAAGCUUGGCGGGACAUGGUUUACCACAAGAAUUGAUACCGCAAUCAGGAAAAUUGAACAAACUUGACGAACUGUUGCCAACGAUGAAGGAAGAAGGUCACAGGGUUUUAAUAUUUAGUCAAUUCACAAUGGUACUCGACAUACUCGAAGAAUAUAUGGCAAUAAGAGGCCACAAAUUCUUGAGGUUAGAUGGCCAAACGCCGGUAACCGAGAGACAACCCCUGAUAGACGAAUUUACGAACGACUCAACGAUAUUCAUUUUUCUAUUAUCAACGAGAGCAGGAGGUUUAGGCAUUAACUUAACCGCGUCCGAUACUGUGAUUAUUCACGACAUAGAUUUCAAUCCGUACAACGACAAACAAGCGGAAGAUCGUUGUCAUAGAGUCGGUCAGAAAAAUCCAGUAAAGAUUAUUAGAUUAUUGGGUGAGGACACGAUCGAAGAGGGCAUGUAUGAGAUUGCUCAAGAAAAAUUAAAUCUCGAGCGUAAAAUAACUGGAAACGAAGAAAAUGAGAACACCGACAAGAAGAGCAUAUUAAAAUUAUUGAAAAUGAUACUCGGCAUUGACGCUCACAAUCGUUCGUUGUCGUUGUCACCAACAAAAACAGCAAACGGAUCGACGAAAGGUUUGAAAGUUGAUGAAGCUGAAUUUUAAAUUUUUCGUGGAAGAAUAAAAAACUAAUGUCAUGUAAGAUUCUACGUCCUGGCUCCCGUAAUUCUUAUGUUUUAAACAACAAUGGUACAUCAUAUACUCAUUUGGUUUCGUCUUUUUUUUAUAUGAAUCAUACAUUUAGUUUUCGAGUUUUUGGUUCUAGACUCUCCUAGCGAGGUGGAGAUUUAUAUAUAAAUAUAAUGGUAUUUUCUCGAGUAAAUGAAUUCAUCGCGGUACGAAAACUCGAAAUACUCCGUGGUUUAUUUAUAUAAUAAGUAAUCAAUGUCAUUACGUGUGUGUAGCGAUAAAAAAAUUUGUAAACGACUCAUUAAAUCAUUCCUUUAUUUAUAUCACAA